AUGGAUACUUCCGCCACAGCGACGCCGGUGUCGCAGCCACCGUUGGCCACCCAAUUGCAACCAUCACAUUGUCAGGUAUCGAUAACUGCCGACAAUCUCCGCACGUUCUCCGAUUCCCUCACCGCUUUCCAACAAUGCUUCAAUGAUCUACAACGACACAUUAAUUCAAUACAAACCUCAAUCAACACUAUGCUGCUACCCCCUCAACCUUUACCUGCCUCAUCAUCAUCACCAGCAGUUGCAACCCCAGCCUCAGCCCCGGCCCCGGAGCCAGAACCAUCUUGGGAAUCUGACCCCUCUGAAGACCUAGAAGAAGAAGAAGAAGUCCAGCAAGAGGAGAAGGAAGUGGAGGGAGGCGAGGGCGAAGGUGAAGACGAAGGCGAGGAAGUGAAUUCGCUUCACGUAGAACUGAAAUUGCCUCCUUCAGAACUGAAAUCGCCUCUUUCAGAACUGAAAUCGCCCCGUUCAGAGUUAGAAAUCUUCUGCGAAACGAUGGACCAUUGUGGUUUGCGGAAGUAUAUGACAACACAUAUUUCAAAUUUUCGUGGACUGCGUGAAGAAGUCUGUAAGGCAUUGAGACUUUCGCCCAAUCCUGCAACCCUUGUAUUUAAUUGUAUCGGUAAGUUUUAUAUUACAGCGGGCAAGAAGUUUGCUAAUGAAUCACCUUUGGGACGGGGAAGGAAGGCUAAAGUAUUGCUUUUGGAGUGCUUCUUGUUAAUGAUAGGAAUCUGUGACAAGGGAGUUGAGAUUGAGAAUUGGGUGAAGGAAGAGGCAGAGCAAACAGCUUUAGCAUGGUUGGAGAGGAUGAAGUCUGAAGGAGGAGGAAAGCUUCAAGAAAUUGAUGCCCGAGGUUUGCUCUUCUUUAUUGGGGGUUUCGGGAUUCCAGAUCAAUUUACAAAUGCGAAUAUCAGAACUUUGCUUCAGGUAAGUAACCUUAAGUGGAGUUUUGAUGCACUCAAAAGAUCAAACGCUCUCAUGGCGAAGCUUCCAGAAAUAAUAGAGGAAAUGGUGGCGAACAAGGCAGUAAUUAAAGCUGUUCAUAUUGUCUAUAGUGUUGGAAUGCAGGACAAAUUUAACCCUAGGACACUUUUAACAACAUUUAUAAGAGAGUCCAAAAAAUUAUUUGACAACAUGAAUGGAUCACAAAGUGCACAUCAAGGGAAUAUUGUAGCAAAAGGGAAGUACUUAGGUGAUCUGAGAUCGAUCAUCAAAUGUUUGAGAAAUCACGAGGUUGAUCCUUCAAAAGUUCUUCCCGGAUGGGAAAUCAGUAAGAGAAUAGCGAGUUUGGAGAAAGAAAUUGCUGAAUUCAAUAAGCAGAUACCUGAUAAGAAGAUAGCACAUGGAUCGCAUAAGAGAAAAAAGGAUGGAACUGUGUGGUUGAGCAACAAAGAAGUGAAACACUCACAUUCUUCAAAUCCAUGGCCGCCACAACAUCAAAGAGUUGCUAGUAAUGUCAUUAGCAAUAACACCUUGUUUGAAGGUGGUGGAACUGCUGGCCACAAUUAUGGUUAUUUUAUGCCACCUUUGGUAUUGCAUGGACCUGUUGCGGGCUCAAUUCAUGAAAAUGUUGGUUAUUCACUGGCAGGACCUGUGAGAGGUGUGGCCAUUGGUGGACCUGGAGCAGGUAUAUCAGCAAGUGCUACUAGUAUUCAUGCAGGCAUGGAUAUUGUCCUGCAAGGAGUUCCAUUUGCUGGAGGUCAUCGAGGGAAUCGAGUUGAUAGCAUACCCGGGCAAAUAGGUAGUCAUACUGGUCAAUUUUAUGGAUCCACUUAUAGGCCAUCAACGCCAAACACCAUAGCCGGUGAUACUUAUAGGCCUGCACCAUUCAUGGAAAGCUCAAAGGGCUUGCCAAACACCAUACCUGGUGAUUCUAGUAGGACACCCCCGUACUUGGAAGUCUCUCCGGGGUUGCCAAACACCAUACCUAGUAAUGCUUAUAGGCCUGCACCAUACAUGGAAAGCUCUAAGGGUUUGCCAAACACCAUACCUGGUGAUUCUAAUAGGACACCACCGUACUUGGAAGUCUCUCCGGGGUUACCAAACACCAUACCCAGUAAUGCUUAUAGGCCUGCACCAUACAUGGAAAGCUCUAAGGGUUUGCCAAACACCAUACCUGGUGAUUCUAAUAGGACACCACCGUACUUGGAAGUCUCUCCGGGGUUACCAAACACCAUACCCAGUAAUGCUUAUAGGCCUGUUCCAUACAUGGAAAGCUCUAAGGGUUUGCCAAACACCAUACCUGGUGAUGCUAAUAGGCCAUCGCCAAAACUGGAAGGCUCUAUGGAGUUGCCGAACACUAUAAAUGGUGAUGCUUAUAGGCCACCACCAUAA